AAAAAUAAAUGAGGCCCCAAAUAUAUUAUUUAAAAAUGGAUUUGUAGAUGAAGGCAUAUAAAACAGAGCAGUCAUGGUGGAAACUGACAAGAGGGAAGACAGAGUCUUGGACUGUUAUUGGUAAUCUGGUCUAUAAUCAGAGAUUUGCCAUAUUUAUUGGCAUGAAAAUGGCCUUGGGAUUCGAAUUGGGUGGGCUCGCUUUUUACUACCCAACAAUUUUCCCUUCCCCAUAUCAUCCUUCCCGUCAUCUGCCACAUAAAGCCGCUGUGCCAUUUCAUGUCAACUCCAACGACUUAUCUCCAUAGCCCCAACUUCCUUUGAACCCCUCUUCUCCCUCCUCUCUUUAUGUAACAGAAAUCUCGAAUUUUCAGAUUUUUUUUAUCCGUUUCUCACCAGGAAAGAUUUGAAGAAACAAAACCAUUUCACCAAAUUGCUUUAAAUGGGAUACCUUUCUUGUAAGGCAGAAUCAGCUAUUGCCAUCUCCAGCACAACUUGUCAAUUUACUUCCAAAACCGCCCAAAACAAAGUAGAAAAGCCCAUCAAGAUCCAGCAGUUUCACUACAGUGAUCUUGAGGCAGCUACCAAUGGUUUUUCUGACCAGAAACUCCUAGGCAGAGGCAGCCAUGGCUGUGUCUACAAGGCUGUUAUCCAUGGGCGCCAUGUUGCUAUCAAGAAACCCUCAAAAGGUGUUGAAAUUGGCCAGGAAGUGGAUAAUGAGAUCGAGAUCUUGUCCAAACUUCACAGCCCAAGAUUGGUAAACUUAUUAGGCUUUGCAAAUGAUACUAAAGAUAGAUUGCUUGUUGUUGAAUUCAUGAGCAAUGGCACCCUUUAUGAUAUUCUUCACUCAAAUUCAAGACCACCCAAUUGGGGUCGAAGAAUUCGAAUGGCUUUGCAAAUUGCUAAGGCUAUCGACACUUUACACUCACAAAACCCACCUAUAAUCCAUAGAGAUAUAAAGUCUGCCAAUGUUUUGAUUGAUAGGAAUUUCAAUGCAAGAUUGGGUGAUUUUGGUUUAGCACUAAGGUGUGGUAUCGAUGAUGAUUAUAGACUUAAAUCAACCCCACCUGCUGGUACCAUUGGUUAUCUUGAUCCGUGUUAUGUUACUCCAGAUAAUUUGAGUACUAAAACUGAUGUCUUUAGUUUUGGGAUUUUGUUGUUGGAGAUCAUUAGUGGAAGGAAGGCUAUUGAUGUGGGGCAUUCACCACCUUCCAUUGUGGAUUGGGCUAUUCCGCUUAUAAAGAAGGGGAAGCUUCGUGCUAUUUAUGAUCCAAGAAUUGCCCCUCCCAAGGAUCCUAUGACUAGGAAGCAGCUGGCUUUGAUUGCUGCUAAAUGUGUGAGGUCUUGCAGGGAAAGGAGGCCAGCAAUGAAGGAGGUUGUUGAUUGGCUAACUGCUUUGAGUAAAUUGGUUCCCCUUCAUUCAUGGAAUGGAUUCAAUAAUCCAUGUAUGAUGGUGGAGACAAUGGGGCGUCCAAUUGAGUUGAGAAAUAACCUGUUUGGUCCAAGACCAGAUGGUGUUGGAGAGGAGAAUUUGGAUGGUACAGAUGGUAAAGUUGCUAUGCAAUCAGUAAAGGAUUCAAGGAGGGUGUAUUCAGAUUUGGGGUUUCGGAGCAAUUUGAAGGAACUUAUGGCUGGAACAGAGGGACAGUCUGGAUUUCUGGGAGAGAUUGAUGGAGUUGAAUCUACUUUCAAGUCUGCAAAUCGGGUUUCUAGCUCUAGAUUUGGCAGUGCAAGAUAUGGUAUCAAAGGAAGAGCUCAAUCCAAGUCUCGUGACAGAAGUCUCUUUCGAAUGAGAAGAAACCAAUCUGCUGAGGAUAAUUCAGAACUACUUUCAAAGCAUGAUGACACAGCAGCUCGUUCGAGUUUUAGUGCUCAAGGAUGUCAUGACAUCUAGCAGAUUAAAAGAGUAUGAUUGAAGCAACUCAAGAGCAGAGCGAAGCUCUGGCUUGUAAUCUUCUAUUGCUUGUGAAUUUCAUUGAUGUAGAUUUGUUAGUAGUUCAUUGAUUUGUGAGUUUCCAAUUAAUCGGUAAUGCUUACUGAAAUGUUAAGGUGUUGUUUGAUUCAACAUAUGUGCAGAUCAAGGCACAUUGUUGAUGUCCCUAUAAUAGUUUGUUUAUCCUUUUCGUUUGUUACAUCUUUGGUAUGCAAAGCUGAUGUAUGAUACAUAAUUGCUGUUGAAUAAAUCAGUCUUCAAUUGCAUAGUAA